CAGGAAGUGCCUUUUGGACGCUUUGCUCGGUGGCCGCCAGAGGUCUCCAAUGAUUCCUCCGGUCUUCUCAGAGGCUGCUCUCCAGUGCCAGGGAGCCUUUCAGAGGUUGUACUUCCUGCGGCUGACUCAGCUCCCCAUCAGGUGUUGGAGGGCGGCCGCGAUUGGCUGCGUGGGGUUGAGUCAAAGCCUCUUACUGCAAACUCCGACCUCGGCAGCAGCCAGUUAGUAACCCCUGAGCAGCCGAGGCAGGCGGAGCGGGUCUUUAAUGGUCUGACCAGGUUGCUUGUUCUGCGUUGUCCUUGUGCACUGGUGUGGUUCCUUAAUCUGCAAAGGGUGUGGACAGAGCCGAGCCGUGCCGGGGAUCUAUCAAGCUACGGCAGCUCUCGGCCAUUUCUGUAGGUGAAAGGAUGGUGAAUGAGGAUGAGGAGGGGGCUGCUCAGCAGGGAGGCCCCAAGGCCGCAGAAGUGCAUGGAGUGCCACCAGGGAGUUGUCAGACGCCUGCUUCCCUAGAUCAUGAACUGAAAGGAGAAGACAUCGGCGAGCCCAGUUCAGAGAUGGAACCAAGAAGCUCUGUCCAAGAGCUAAACAAUGAAUCUCUUCCUGUCAAUGGAGGCAUUGUAGGAAACGAAACUGUAGGCGUUGGUCCAUCACAGACACAAUAUAUCUGCCCUGUUUGUGGAGAAUGCUUUAAUGGGAGCUCCGGCCUCAUUGAGCACCAAAGAAUCCAUACAGAAGAGAAACCGUACACAUGCCCUGUGUGCGGAAAAGGCUCUCGCCAGCAAGCUGACUUGGUUGAACACAUGCAGAUCCAUGCAGACGAGAAGCCAUAUUCAUGCCUGGAAUGCGGGAAGAACUUCCUCUUCAGCACUGACCUUGUCGCCCACCAGAGAGUCCACACUGGAGAGAAGCCCUAUAUCUGUCUGGAGUGUGGGAAAGGCUUCUCCCAGAGCUCACAACUUAUGUCGCAUCGGAGAGUUCACACAGGAGAAAAGCCCUAUGAAUGUAUCAUCUGUGAGAAGAGCUUCAGGUCCAACUAUGACCUGGUCAACCACCAGAGAAGCCACACUGGAGAGAAGCCUUAUAUUUGCUCCGACUGUGGGAAAAGUUUUACCCGUAGCUCACAUCUUAUCUCCCAUCAGAGAGUCCACACGGGGGAAAGGCCCUAUCCCUGCGGCAUCUGUGGGAAGCGCUUCCGUGACUGCUCGCACCUUAUUAGGCAUCAGAGGGUCCACACUGGUGAGAAACCUUAUGAGUGCUCCAUUUGUGGGAAGAGCUUCCGGGUCAACUAUGACUUAGUUACCCAUCAGAGAAACCAUACUGGAGAAAAGCCUUAUGAAUGCCCUGACUGUGGCAAGGGCUUCAAGCGGAGUUCUCAUCUCAUUUGCCAUCAGAGAGUCCACACAGGGGAAAAGCCCUACCCCUGUGGCAUCUGUGGGAAGAGUUUCAGUUAUAGCUCAGACCUUAUUAAGCACCAGAGAAUCCAUACAGGUGAGAAACCUUAUGAAUGCCACAUCUGUGGGAAGAGCUUCCGGAUCAAUGCUGACCUGGUCACUCACCAGCGAAUUCACACAGGAGAGAAACCCUACACGUGUCCUGACUGUGGGAAAUGCUUUGCCCGGAGCUCACGUCUUGUGUCCCAUCAGAGGGUCCACGUUAAGGAUGGAAGUCUUGGAACAAGCCUUUCAGAAACUGACAUAUCGCCUGUAACAUCGACCUGGUCCCCAGCUCCUGAGCAUCCUUGGGGUCAGGAGGAGAAGGCAGCCCCGUUCCUUAAGCAGAGCAGUGACCCUGGCCUUGCAAAUCCUAGUCAGUUUGUCCUCAAUGAUUCAUCUCCAUCUACCCACUUGAGUGAGUUAAAGAUGGAGUGCCCUUCCUGAUUCUUAAUAUGUGAUUGCUGGGGGGCCAAAUGGGUUGAGCCCACUGCCUGGAUAUGACACGCCUACGAUCCAGUGACAAGAGUAGACAUCCAUACCAAGGAUUCUCCUUUCACUUUAAUUAGGCACACUCUUUCUUAUGAGAUGUUAAAGAGGAGGCUUAGCAAAGCCUCAAGUUAACCAAACUCUGGAGUCUAUAUGAACGGUCUCUUACAUUGUGCAUAUUUGAGGCAAGUGUGCGUUGGCGUGAGGUGUAGCAAAGAGGGUCCACGCCCGCAGCAUGGUAUUGCCAGCCAUAUCGAAGCUAAAAACAACUUUGAUGCUGUGUAGUUGCCAUUGCUUUCCCCAAAGGACAUGUAGUGUGGUGUAGGCACUGGAAAUUCUUGAUGCGUAAUCCCUUGGUGCUUCCCUUCCCAGGGUCCUUUUGUGGGGAAGUUCACAAAGGCAGUGGUGGUGGAAACUGUUUAAAAACCAACAUGAAAUAGAAACAAAAACAGGAUCUAUAAGAAUCACUUGAGAACAAGAACCAUUGUGAUCCAGAAUUAUUUGAAGGUGGGUUUUUUUUCUGUGUGUGUGUGUGUUUGCUUACUCUUUUGUUCCAAAAAGAUCUGUAUGAAACAGCCACCCCUUGUUUGGUGCCUUGUGGGGAAGCCAUGGCACGGAGACCAGUUGAAAUCCCUAAGACAGAGACAUGGUCACAGAUGCUCCUCAUAAGCACCGCUGUUGUUGCACGGAAGCGGCAGUUUGCGCUUGGCUGUCUUCUAGCAUCUUAAUCUGACUUUGGGUUUUUAAAAAUUGGUAUCAGUAGAAUAAAUGAUAGUUUGAUAGUGUGGAGCUUUAUGUCAUUAAUAAAAUUAUUUAAUUUUUGUCGUAUUCGUAUUUAAUUUAUAGGGCAUGAUCCAUCCCUGCAUGAGCCCACAUGUGAAGGGGUCCCAUAAACACAACAGAGCCCUGUUUUUCUUCUCCUCCUCCUCCUCAGCGUGAAGAUAGGGGCAGGUGUGCAGGCACUAGGCCUGUUAGCUCCCUUUACAGGCUCCAUCUGUGCUAGAUAGGCCAGCAGGCUCUUGGGCAGUGCAGAAUUCAGCAGUUUCCCAAUAGCCAAGCUCUGAGAGAGGUUACACCAAGAACCGAGAGAGAAGGAAAUGGGCAGCAUGGAGCUGGAUGGCGUGCGAGUCAGAAAGUAAAUGCGACCUUUUAAAAGUUCAAAUAAUUGUAAAUUUUUUCAUCAGGUUAUAUCUUUUCAAUAUCAAGUAAGAAUGCAGGAUUGGUGUAUGACUUUCUGUGGGUUGAUUUUGUGUUUUCCUCUCCCUUGAUCUAAUUUCCCCUGGAUGUUGUUGGUUUUUUCUACAUAGUAUGUAUGCUUUAACCAUCUAGUAUUAAGAUUAGGAUACAACACUAUCAUGAUAUUAAUUGCAUAUACAAAUCAGCAUUAUAAUGUGGAUGUUAAAAAUUUUUCCCAAGUGAACCAGAAUCUAUUCAGAUGUGUAAAAGCAGCCCUCCAUUGGCCUCAACCAGGACAACUUCAGUUACAGCUGAAUUUUAAAAUGUAACAUAUUGACUUUUUGCAAAUAAUGCCCUGCCAUUGUUUAAAAAACUUUCACACUGCCACCAAAGGUGGAAUUGUUGGCAAUAGCCAGCUGUUUUCUUAUUGUAGGCCUGCUCCUGCACCUUGUAACCUUGUGCUUUUUCUUAAAAGAUAAUAAAAUUGGUUAUAAAAUGUAAGAUUUGAAACUGUGCACAGUUUACAGGAUGGACAGAUGCAGACCUGUUAACGUGAGGAUCUUGCUAGGCUAGUUGUGGUAAAAAGUUGUGAUCUCUGUUAUCUGAAGAUCUCUUGAAGAGAAAACAAUUAGAUGUUAGUGGUUUGGAUACAGAAGUUGGGCCCACUGCUGGCUGUGAAUGAAAUGCCUGUGAGCUUCACCAAGAAAAAAGACUUUUUCCUCUGUGUAAAAGGAUCCAAAUAGUGUUAGCUUGGUAAGAAUGUGUACUUUCUCUUUAGCUUGGCCAGCUGAAUUGAAAGGAAUUAAUGUCUCCUUCUUAUUAGUUGGAAAAAAUUCUUUCAACUGUCUGGAUUAGAUUUACCUUAAGUUUUCUCUCUUUAAUUUAUCAGUUUUGUUUUUUCUUUCAACUUUUCUAUCUGUAUUCCUGUUUCUGUUAUCCCUGUAUACUUGGACUUUUCAAUUUGAAUUUAUUGUAUUCCAGUUUCUUAUGAUAUUCAAUAAAGUUUGUUUAAAAGCUA